AUGCAGAAGAGUUUGGGCAAACGUUCACUCGAUGUGAACGGAGAUUUGGAACUACCAGGUAAGAGAUCCCAUAGUUCGAACUACAGGACCUUCGGCAAAUUUCCCAGUAAGAAACCAGUUUUGCCCAUCUUUGAACGAUCUGGUUUGCUUGAGCUAGAAUCCCACAACGUCAAGGGUGUCCAACUACAGCACAUUGAACCGUACGAUCGCAUGUCGCCUGCCACCUUUUACCAGAAGCAUGUUAUUCCUCUUCACAAGCAAACACAUUUCCGAGCUAUGGUUUGCCAUGACGAAGAUGACAGCUACCACAAAACGUACGACCUUUUCGAUCGCAGCAGUUAUCUCAUAGGGAGGAGGUUGAGCUCCGAAGAGGAAAAUCCCGAAGAUCUGGAGGAGGAAAAGGAAGUCGUGUUGGCCGAUAUCCCGAUUCCCGAAGAAACAUGCUCUAAGCAACAUUGUGUGAUUCAGUUCCGUCAUAGGAAUGGUCAGCUAAAAGCGUUUGUCAUCGACUUGGAUUCAUCCAACGGUACUCUUUUGAACGAUAAUACCCUGCCUAGGGCGCGUUAUGUGGAGUUAAAAAGCGAAGAUGUGCUGCGCUUUUCUACAGCUGAAUCUGACUCUGCUUACUUUCUGGUCUUCGUGGCAGCGUAA